AUGACUUCUUUCUACCUCGCUACCACACAGGCGAGGAAUGUCGACGAAGCAGGAACGACGAGCUUGCCAAAGCAGGACACAAAUGUUCAAGUCAAUGGCACAAUGGACUCGCAGAAAAAGGCUUCCAAGUUUCGCAGCAAGUACAAGCAUGUCGAGGCUCUGCAUAGAGCUGUUCGUCCCUCAGUGCUCAGUCACGACUCGCAGGAGGUUCCCAGUUUCCUUGGAUUCAGAAAUCUUAUGGUCUUGACCAUUAUUGUCAUGAACCUUCGCCUGGUCAUCGAGAAUGCUCGCAAGUAUGGACUGCUGAUCUCCGUGAAGUCGAAUAUCAAGAACGUGGACCUACGAAUUGGACUGUUCUUGUACGCUGUAACACCAUGUCAUCUACUUGCCGCGUAUAUGAUCGAAAGAGUGGCCAUGGACCACGCAAAGAGAGCGAUGGGUCUGCGUAAAAAGAGUGAUGCUGGAUUUAACGCUCCAGAAACCGAGCAAGAGAGACGAGCUUUUCGAAGCACAUGGCGCUGGAUUGCCUUUGGUCAUGCUUUGAACGCGACACUGGCACUGGCCAUCACUACACUCGUCGUCUUCUAUGCCAUUGAGAAUCCGGGUAUAGGCACAAUAUCAGAAAUGCACGCAAUCGUGGUGUGGCUCAAAACUUGCUCCUACGCCUUCACAAAUCGCGACCUUCGUCACGCUAUGUUGCAUCCAUCACCCUCAUCAGUUGCUCUACCUGAUAUAUACCGGUCAUGUUCAUAUCCGAACAACAUCACCUUGCGAAACUUGACCUAUUUCUGGUGGGCCCCGACUCUUGUCUACCAACCAGCCUAUCCUCGAACCGACAGGAUUCGCUGGCUUUACGUCGGAAAACGUCUAGGCGAAGCCGUUGCACUGUCUGUGUUCAUGUGGAUUACAUGCGCUCAGUAUGCGGUUCCUGUCCUCCACAACAGCCUCGACAAGAUGGUCGUCCUAGAUUACCCCUCUAUUCUUGAGCGGCUGAUGAAAUUGUCAACCAUAUCUCUGAUAAUCUGGCUAGCCGGAUUCUUCGCUCUCUUUCAAUCCUUCCUCAACAUGCUGGCUGAACUCCUACGAUUCGGUGACCGUAAAUUCUACGGCGAUUGGUGGAACAGUACCUGCUUGCGUAAUUAUUGGUCUACCUGGAACAAACCCGUCUACCACUUCAUGCGACGACACGUCUAUUCGCCUCUUGUAGGCCGUGGCUGGUCACACUCUAGUGCCUCAACAGCAGUCUUUGUCUUUUCAGGCUUUCUGCACGAACUGGCAGUAGGUGUACCUACACACUCGUUGCUAGGCGUGGCGUUUUUAGGCAUGGUCCUACAGUUACCAUUGAUACAGAUGACGGAGCCGUUAGGCAGGAGCAAAACUGUUGCUGGCAAAGUCCUUGGAAACUGUAUAUUUUGGAUUAAUUUUGUGUUCGUCGGGCAGCCUCUUGCAGCUAUGAUCUACUUCUUCAGUUGGCAGGCCAAGUAUGGUUCAUUAGCGUCGAGGUACCGCAAUGUAGCAGCUACAGGAUGA